CCGUUGCUAGAGUAGAACUCUGCUAAUCAAUUACUCAGUGCUGACGUAUAAGAAGACAUAGACAUGGUUCUUUAUUUUGAAAGUGAACAAGAAUACAAGUAUGAUUUUCAAACGACGAGCUUGGCAUAUUUGAACAGGUACCCUAAUCCAUAUGCUAAACAUGUAUUGUCAAGUGAUACGUUAGAAUCAUAUAUUGACGCAGAAGGACGACUUUGCACAACAAGAGUGGUUGUUAAAACCGGGAGAUUACCUCAGUUUAUUAAACCAUUCCUUGGUAGCAAUUUGAAUUCAUGGAUUAUUGAAAAGAGUAUCGUCAAUCCCAAGACUAAAACUUUGUAUACAUAUAGCAGCAACAUCGAUCACCGAAAAUUUAUUAGGGUUGAAGAAUUUUUAAAAUACACGACGGUCAACGAUAAUACUACUGUGAAAUCGAAGGUUAAAUUUUCGUCUAAUUUUAUUGGUUUUAAAGAACGUAUUGAGCAAUGGAGUCACAAUCGGUUCUCUUCCAAUAUGAAGAACUCAAGAGAGGGAUUGCAAUAUGUCAUGAAUAAAAUGAAAGAAAGAUUGGCAUUUAAGGAGAAGAAUGGAUUGAAUGCUUAAAGGAAUUUGCUCCGGCUUAGCAAGUUUUUUUUUUUUGUUGUUAUUUCUGUAGGAGAAAGGGUCAUUAGUGUAUAUAGGUUUAUAUUCGACCCAGGUGUAUUUUUUCAAAUCUGGUUUGGUGUUUUUUAACGAAUGGUAUGACUUGUUUUAUAUG